AUGAAGGUCAUCAAUGUUGCGCGACUGAUGCUGCCCCAUGUGUUCCCGAGCUCCUUCGGUCAACCGAGGUGCUCCUGAUCCCACCUACUCUGCCUUCCUUACACCCACAAGGCCUGUCGGACGAUGCGCGCAAGCGGCUCAAGAAGUUUGGGGCAUUCAUUGAGCUUUACCAGAGGCCUCAGACCACAGGGGACCCCGUCAACCCAGGCCUGCAACCAGAGUCGUUAUCGGAAAAGCUUUGGGCCGAUGUGAGUGCUAGCUCUCCAAUAGCCUCUGCAUUACCCCAGCCCCCCGCCGUCCGGACCGCCAUUGGUGACUGCUACUUCCUACAACCCUGCACCUACACGUUCCUUGGCGCGACCCGUCCUUUUACAAUCAAAGCUCUGCGGCACUUCAUCAAUGAGGCCCGCUAUCCCUCGCUGGACAACGGCUCUCGACUCAAGUGGCCAACAGAUCUCACAAAGUCACAGAAGCAACAUUUCUGGAUCUGGCUCAACAGUCAAUGGGCAACAGCGGUCGAAAAGGACGUUCACUGGUAUCUGAUCUUUGGGGCGACGCCGACAUGCGUUCUGCAACAUCACCAUGGUCACGCUGCAUCUGAUGGGUGUCUACAGUGCGGCCAACGAGACACCUUCAUGCACUUCUACUUUGAAUGUGACCAUUUACGUGAGUUCUGGCGCCUGACCUUGCAGCUGCGGAGGGUUGCACUUAGCCAGGCAGGUGACUUCCAACUGUAAGGCAGCUGUGCCUUACGCACCUAAUGUGGCACCCGGUAUUUGAAUUACAUCAAUUCAAAUUGCUUUACUUUUGGAUCACGCGUUAGGGUGCCGCGCGCCUUUCACCAACCUGGAGAAGUUGACUCUCCUCAGAUCAUGCUUGGCCUUCCUCGGGUGCGUGGCGAAAGUCGUGACUCUUGGACCUACAUCGUCGUUCGGGUCGUUCUUGCGAUUGCUUUCAACAAGCUCUACCUUGCUCAAUGGCAUCAGCACAAGGAUCAAAUUCCCCUACCAAACCCGUACUUUCUUACUCGCAAAGUCCGCUCGCAUCUCAGAUUCCGACUUCGACGUCUGCCAGACGGCGAGCUUCUGGACCAGAUGUGAUUGACGUUUUCAUGAGGACAGAGUUUCCGAGUUUCUUUCCUGAUUUUCCUCCCCUCUCCUCUCUCUUUCUCGAUCGUGCCUAUUCUUUAACACCGUGGAAUAGGAAGAGUGGUUGGUGCUCACAUGAUUGGAAUCACACUUCUGGUGGUUUCAGGAGUGUGGGGGCUGCAUGGAUCUAGUGGUUAUGACUUUACAUAA